GGAUGGAGCAGAUCAACGCCCAGAGCCCUUUUGCGAUCCCACAUGAAGAUAUUGAGGCUCUCAAUGCGUCUCAGGGCUUCGCUGUGUUGAGGAACUACCUUGCCAAGGAUGCUGAGUAUGUCUUCCCUCCCUUCUCUACAGGUGCCAAACAAAUAGGACUGCGCUGAUAGUACCAACAGCUUCUGUGCGCACCACUCUCGCUGCGACGCGCAAGAAAAGGAAACAUGGCUUCUGCAUCGCGACCUCCUGCACGCACUCAUCAUGCCGGUUGUCCAGCUGUUCAAGCGGGCCUCGGCUCUCGCUGAAGCGGCUCUGUGUACCCACAAAACCGAAGAUCUGGAGUUAGCGUUUGCUGGGGAAGCCCGGGGGUCUUUCACAUGUCUGCAAUGCUUUAUCCACGAGGAGGAGGAUUGGUGCCGCACACGUGGGUGUCCAGGUAAGAACCAUACGAUCUGGCCUCCAUGGUCUGUCCGGGAUAAUAUCAGCUGACACAGAUGACAGCCUGCGUAACAACAGCAACGCUCAGCACAGAAUCACACCUGCGCCUUACCAUCGCCGCAUCUCUCCUCUCCACUGCAUCCACUGCCUCGCCCAACUCUUCUCCUGCGACGUCAACCACCUCGUCGCCAGCCAACACUCCCCUCGGUGAAGAACCUCCCUCAACCCGCACCCUCCCUCCACUCCCACACAUCCUCCCCGCUCUCCGUGAGGCCCUCUCCGCAGACCCUUUCUGGGGCCCGGAUAUAUGGCCGUACCUGCUCUCGCGCGCCACACGGCUCUCAGCUGGUAUACAAGCUCUUAUCACGUCGUGUGUGGACCUCGAGGCCCUCGUCUCGUCGCCUGCUCGACCGGGGCAGAAGCGCAACAUCACCACACCCAGCAUGCACUUCGUGGCAUCUGGCGCGCCAGAGGAGAAGGGCGUCAAGCUGCGGAAGAGCAAGCUGGCUAAGCGUCAACUGCGGUUGGAGAAGGAGGAGACCGAGCUCAUGAGGAGAGUUGCGCUACAGUGUUGGGCGAGGGCGUUGGUGCCUAAGAAGAACAGGGGAGACUUUUCGGGGAGGGUGGAAGGGUCGAGAAGGAGGAGUCUUACAUGUCCUUGAGGACUGUUGUAGAUCUGGCGCUUUAGUUGCUUCUUCUUCAUUUUCUGUUGGAGUUUGGUGUCCGUUGGAUACGAUACCAUAGAGCAUCACUUCCUUUUAUAGGUAGGAGAUUUGGUUGUCUGGACAGACAGUCGGCGUUGUAAUCUCCUUUGUACUUCAAUAGAUUUGCGUAUCGCUACACACCACUGCAUUUCUUGCCUCUACGAAGAUGUGCGCCGUCGCCGUCCGUGGUCAGUGAUUCCUUUUGUUGCUAAUUUUGACGUCAUUGGCAUGUACUGGAAAAUAAGGCGGUCAUCUUCGUCUGAGUGCGUGUCUGCACACUUAGGUGGGGAAGUGAGCUCUAAGCGACGGGGGAAACUGCAUGAAAAGGGCUCUUCUCAACAGAGCGAAAGGGCUAAAUAG